UCUUCCACUCUUGUGCAAGCAUAUUGUCGAAACCUCGACCAGGUGACAAGACUCGAGUUUAGACGACGCGACGAGCCUCUGGUGAGUUCUGACCAAAGAAGCAACAAGCUUAUAAAAAUUUCCCAUCAUGUCAUGGUGUACUAUUGAAUCUGAUCCUGGUGUGUUUACUGAACUUAUACAGCAAAUGCAAGUAAAAGGCGUGCAGGUUGAAGAACUGUAUUCGUUGGACCUGGAUUCUCUAAACAAUCUUCGGCCAGUAUAUGGGUUGAUAUUCCUUUUCAAAUGGCGCCCAGGGGAAAAAGAUGAUCGCCUCGUAAUUAAGGAUCCAAACCCAAACUUAUUUUUUGCAAGCCAGGUUAUUAACAAUGCAUGUGCAACUCAAGCAAUCCUUUCCAUCCUUAUGAACUGUCCAGACAUUGAUAUUGGCCCAGAACUGUCAAUGUUGAAAGAGUUCACCAAGAAUUUUCCACCUGAACUCAAAGGAUUGGCAAUCAACAAUAGCGAAGCCAUACGUACAGCACACAAUAGCUUUGCAAGACCUGAACCAUUUGUGCCAGAUGAGCAGAAAGUUGCAGGCAAAGAUGAUGAUGUAUACCAUUUUAUUAGCUAUUUGCCUGUUGAUGGUGUUCUAUAUGAGCUUGAUGGAUUGAAGGAAGGACCCAUUAGCCUUGGACAGUAUCCUGGUGGACCAGGUGAUAUGGGUUGGUUACGAAUGGUGCAACCAGUGAUCCAGGAACGUAUUGACAGGUAUUCUAGAAGUGAGAUAAGAUUCAACCUCAUGGCAAUUAUAAAAAAUAGGAAAGAGAUGUACACUGCUGAACUCAAGGAUCUCCARAGAAAGAGGGAACGUAUCUUGCAGCAGCUUGCUKCUGUACAGUCAGAGAGAAUGGUAGACAAUGGUAGCAUUGAGGCACUAAACAGAUCACUUUCAGAAGUAAAUGCUGGGAUUGAGAGUGCCACUGAGAAGAUAUUGAUGGAGGAGGAGAAAUUCAAGAAGUGGAGAACAGAAAACAUUCGUCGGAAACACAACUACAUACCAUUUUUGUUCAACUUCCUCAAGAUUCUUGCUGAAAAGAAGCAGUUGAAGCCUUUGAUUGAGAAGGCCAAGCAGAAAACAUGCAACAGCCCUAGGUAAAAGGGUCCUGUUUUUGCUGGUUGUAGGACCCUGGUGCAGCGCCAGUAAGAGGACAAAAAAUUCAAUUCUCUGACUUAAUUUUAUGUGUCCAAAAUGUUUCAGAUUAUGAUGCUUGUUUUAUUUGUUUAGAUAUAUUCAAUCCUUGAAAAUCAAUGUUGUUCCAACUUUUGAGGUCAGAGUCUUACAGGCCAGUGUUUGUGCUUUAUGACAGUAAAAUACGAAGUGUUUUCCCCAUACUGAACAUGA